AUGAUGCCUCCUGGUUUCGAACCGACUGUUCCUGGUUUUGAGAAGGCGCUGCAGACGCCGUAUGAGAAGGCCUACAAGUGCAAUGCCGACGAAACCUUGUACCUCCUGCCGGAUUCCUUGCGGGGAACGCCAACGAACAAGAUCACCGAGAGUUCCCCCUACUGGGACCGGAAUUGGACGUCUUUGGACGCCUUUAUCGCACUGGAAGAGGAAACAGUCGCCCUUAAGAGUCGUUACAUGGCCUUGAAACGCCUCGAUCCUUCAAAUACGGAUGUACGAGCAAAAGCAAAGCUGUAUUUGGACAACGUGUCAAAGCACAGGAAGAUCAGGCAGAUUUUUGGUGGACAGUCCCGGUACCACCCGAACCAGCUUGUUUCCAAGCAGCACAUGCCGCCCCAAGGUCUGUGUGAUAUGGACCUCAUGUACAAACUGGCGUGCAAGAUAUCCGGCCUCGCAGUACUAAACAAGCACGGAAUCAUGGCCAUGGAUUGCUGGGACUUUAUCCGGUGGAGGAUCAGCAUCGCAAUAAGGGAAAGGCUAGGGGGGUUUGGAAGUGCAAAGGACAUUGUUCGAAGCCUGAUAUUCAAGAUAUUCGAGGACAACUCCGACGAUCUAAUCAUGCGAGAGGCCGUUCUUCUCUCGGCAAAGUAUCAGGGUUCGCUUAACAGAUACAAAAAUUACGGCCGAAAGGUGAAAACGGCUACGCAGCCUAACCGAAACACGCCAACUCAGAACCGCCAACCAGCCGCAGAUACAGCGAGGCCCUUGGAGAUGUCGGCAAGAGAUGAAGCUCGGAGGGAUCGUCUCCACCGACUGGCUACGCAGACUUUACGAGAAAACCCACUUUGGAACCGUCGGCAAGCGGCAGAUACAACGAGUCUUUUGGAGAACUCGGCUAUGGGCGAAGCUCGGAGGGAACGGCUUCGUCGACUGGCUAGAGCACUCUACCGUCAGCCAUCCGCAGAUGCAACGAGACCUCUGGGUACCCUGGCAAGAGAUGAAGCUCGCGGGGAACGUCGUCGUCAACUGGCUGCAAAGACUGAGGGCUAUCAGGGCGUCAAUGCUUUUAGAGCUCUCAAGAAGGAAGUUGAAGAGCUCGUCAAGAAGGAAGACAAACGGGAGGGCUCGUGUCGUGAUUACUCUGUAGAAAAGUAG